AUGAAAAAUAAUACUGAAUCUUUGGAAAAACUGCAGGAAAAAGAAAGAUUAAAAUAUUUAAAGAAAAAAGAGAAAGGUCAGGUAAAAUCAGCUAUUCAUAUGAAUGCUAGAGAACUUAGACAAAAGCGAAAACAAUGGAAAGAAAAUAGUAAAGUGUAUAGGAAUAAAAAAGCUUUAGCACACCAAAAUUUACAACGAAUACUUGAUUAUACACCUCCAUCUAGCCCAGUAUCAGUGCAACAACUGAGAGAAAAUUUAGCUGCUCGAAAUAGACGACAGAUGCGAAGGCGACGUGCUGUUUUGUAUGCAAAGAUUGCAUAUUUGGAAAAAAGACUGAAGAAUGUAGUGAAGUUAGGAGAAAAAUACAAGAAAAGAUGUAUGAGACUGAGAGAAAAAAGAUAUGACCCAGAAUCACCUGCAAGUAAAGUAAAUGUGCUCCUAAGGAAUGUAAAUGUUCCUAAGAGUGUGAAGAAAAAAUUACUUUUCGGAGAAGCGUUAACAAAAGAUCUACAGACUAGUUACGAAGAUUUAGGUAAGAAACAUGAAAAAAAGAAAAAGUAUUACGAAAUGUUGAAAUUGAAAUCACUGCAGAAAUAUAAGUUACUUCAUGUAUCGAAACCAUUUUUCAAACAUGAUACUUUCAAAAAACAAAAACCUCGAAAAAUAAGCGGCAAAAUGCUAAAGGUAAAGGACGAUGUAAUUAAAUUUUUGGAGAAAGAUGAAAACUCAAGAAUGUGCCCGGGGAAAAGAGACUAUCUUAAAUCCAAAGAUGGUAAAACUCGACAAAAGCGUGUUUUAUACGAUACACUUUAUAAUUUACAUCAAAAGUUUUUACACACAGUCAAUUAUAAGAUAAGCUUAUCAACUUUUUGUAGAUUCAGGCCCUUUUGGGUUACUUGGCAAAACGUGAAUGACCGAAAUACUUGUCAAUGUAUACAGCACGCCAAUAUUCAACUGAUAAUUUCUAAAUUGCAUGAAGUCAAAGCAUUGAAAUUUUGUACCGUGACUUCAGCUUUAGCGACAAUAACCUGCAAUGUGCAUUCCACAAAAUGUCUAUUCAGGAAAUGUUUAACCUGCAAGGAACGCUCAUUGGAUUACUACUUACCAAUGCCUAAUCAGUUGGUGACUUAUCGACAGUGGAUUUAUGAAGUCAGUUCAUUUGAAAAGGAUGGGAAACUAAAGACAGUUCGUAAACCCUUGAAGAAAGAGUACAGGGUUAAACUGAAACAGCUUGUUCAAAAUCUAGAAGCAGCAUUACCACUUUUUUUUCACAUAUGGGGACUAUAG